AUGUCGAGUAAAGGUUUGACUGGUGGCACUUGCGUCAUCUAUGUUAUUAAUGUCUAUGCAGAGUGUCAUGUUAAUCUUUAUGUUCUAGAUUCGGGGUAUAUUGAUAGUAAAAAACGCAAACGUCCGCCGUCUAUAUUACAAGAGUACGAACAUGACAGAGGCUAUGGUGACCAGAAACCAAUCAAAUCGGAGCCACGUGAUAAGACUUCGCCACAUGCCCUUGGUACCCAGUACGGAGAGCAGUGGUUAAUGCCAGAGAUGCCUGUCCCUGGCCCUUCACACGUCCAACAUUCUUAUCAACCCAUGAAUUGGUCUAGUCCUUCCUAUAAUCACCCUAUGGCUCACUCGCCCAACCUCCAGGAGAUGUCGCCCAUGCACCCCGGCUCCCCAAACGUAGUGAUGCACACAGCUAUGCAUUCACUAUCGCCGAACCUUCAAGUUCCAGCGACUAUGGGACAAGUGCCGUCCCCUAUAGGUCAAGUGCAUUCUCCUAUGGGAUCAGUACAGUCGCCCAUGGGGCAAGUACAAUCUCCGAUGGGGCAAGUGCAUUCUCCAAUGGGGCAAGUGCACUCUCCUAUGGGACAGGUGCACUCCCCUAUGGGUCCAGUGAUGCCGAUGGACCAAGGCAUGGGCCCAGUCAGUGGCAUGUCUCCCGGGAUGUCACACAUGUCACACAUCUCAACAAUACAUGUGGCACCAACAUAUACUCAGAUGGCGCCUGCGCAGCCGCCGCCGCAGCCGCUGGAGAGCGCGAGCAGCACGCCGUCGCUGUCGGCGCUGCUGGCGGAGGGCCGCGAGCUGGCCACGCUCAACUCGGGCGACCUCGCCAACCUGUCCUCGCUGCUGGCCUCCGCCGACCGCUCGCCCGACCUCAGCGACAGCCUGAACCGCCUCUCCACCAGCGACCUGCUGCAACCCUAGCCCGCCCGCCGUGCACGGUGGCAUCGGAUUGUCGCACGUCUCGUGUCGCGGUUACUGUCGCCUAUGGACCACUGCUUCAAGGAUAUCAUCGUCGACUGCAUGUUACUGGCCGGUUAUAAUUGAGUUUGUUUUUUUAAUGGAUGAUAAUGGAAUGGUAACCCCGCCUGCCGCUAUCGGUAUACGCUGGCGGGGCACCAGUGAGGGGUGAUAGGUGAAUAAUGAAAAAAGGCAGGUCAGUCAGCCCAUCGUGAUGAAUACACCUGGAACUCAGCACGAUGGUUUCCAGGGGGAACCGCGUGGAGGUCGACCUGACCCUAUAUUAUAUAUACCCUAUAUUGCUAGCAAUGGUACUAGUAGCCCGCAUUACUAACGAUCCCUUCCCCCCUAAUUGAGUUUGUUAACUUAUUUCACUAUAACAAAAUUAACACUAAACCUACAGACAUUCAAAACUCUUAACCAGUCAAAAGUGGUUUUGACUGCAAAUUUGAGAUUUUUUUAAUGGGUGAUAAUGGAAUGGUAACCCCGCCCGCGCUAUCGGUAUACACUGGCGGGGCACCAGUGAAGGGUGAUAGAUGAAGUCAGCCAAUCACGACGAAUUUGACGAUAAUUAAUUAUGAUGGUUUCUAGGCGGAACCGCGUGCAGGUCGACCUGACAGGGUAUAUUGCUAGCAAUGGGGAUUAGCGUCCCCAUUACUAGCAAUCCUUCUCCCCCUGCAUAAGGAGUAUUAGCAGUAUACAUGAAAUAUGUAAUAAGCCAUGUUGUGUACAUUUGUUGUAAAUUAUAAUUAGGGAUUAAAUUGUCCCAUCGGGAUAUCUAUCUGUGCUAUUAUUAAGUGCUUUAGUUGUUAGGAAAAAAAAGUAAAAAAAAAAAUAAAUAAAAAUCUAUUUUAAAUAUCGAUGCGUGAGUCUCAUGAUGUCAGGGAGGUUAAAAUAGCAACACUUUAAAUGUAUCCUACUUUUUUUUUUUUUUUUUUUUUUGUAAAGAUAAAGGAGUUCGUUUCUGAGGCGUCAUUUCUCUAAACUUUAUCAAUAUAGGUGAUCAAUCAUAUAUGUUUAAAAAAUAUACAUAUAUCAUCAAUAUAAAAAAAUAAAUAUAUAUAUAUAUAUAUAUAUAUUGUAUCAGUUACAGAGAAUUGCAUUAUCAUCGAAUAUCAUGGAUUGUAAGUCAUUAAAAAAAUAAGUGCUAAACCGGUGUGAGUCACCAGUAUUUAAUAACAAUAAAUACAUAUUUAUCGCUUCUUUUUAUUACAAUAGUAACUUCUUUUUUUUUUUUUUCAUUGGAUGAUAAUGGUAUGGUAACCCCACCUACGCUAACGAUAUACGCUGGUGGGGCACCAGUAAGCGAUGAUAGGUGAGGAUGAAAAGGCAGGUCAGUUAGCCCACCGUGAUGAAUACACCUGGAGUUCAGCACGAUGGUUUCCAUGGGGAACCAUGUGGAGGUCGACCUGUUAGGGUAUAUUAAGCUACCAAGCCUAUUUCAAUUACAAAGUGCUAUUCUGAAUAGUAUUUGUGUUUAGUAAACAAUCGAAUGAGUAUGUCUCGUAAGCGCAUUUGCCUGUAACUACGAAAUUACAGUGGUCCCUUCAUCGUAGUUAUAUUUGAGGACGACUGUAUUUUAAUUUUUUUUUAUACAACUUAGAAUGGCAAACAAGCUGACAGCCCACCUGAUGGAAAGUGAUAACAGUCGCCUAUAGACAUGAGCAAUACCAUGGACAUAACAGAGUAUACUGUUUCGCCCAUGAUACCCCCCAUGCGUUGCCAUUCCUGAGAACUCAGGUGUUAUUCCUCUGUACCCAGUAAAUUCACGCCAUAUCCCACCCUUCAAACCGAAACACAGCCAUGCAAACACAACUGCUUCACGGUUGAAACACGAAUGAGGCAGAGGUAAAGUAAUCGACUUUUGUACAAAGUCUCCCUCUGGUAAAUUUGAUAGCUUCGUAAAGUUAUUGUUUAAUGGACUAACUAAAUUUAUAAUUUAUUAAUUAAUUGUUUAAUUUGAACUUAAAAUCUAUUACAAAUUUUGUUUAUUAUGAUGCAUGUAGUAAAGAUUUGGCUGUAACGUGUAUUUAAAAGAUUUAGAUUAAUGGCGCUUCCGAAUCGAAACUUAUUGUGGAUAUAAAAAAAUAAAUUCUUUCCAGAGUCAGACAGUAUUUUAGCCCUCCUGCGUAUAUUUUUGUAAUACGAUUUUAAUAAUUAUACUCAUUAUGGUUAUUCAUUGAUACAACGCCCUUUAUAAAUGUUUUUUUUUUUUUUCUAACACACAUAGGAAA